AUCAGUAGUUACAAUAUGGCGACGGAGAAAGAGAAGAAGAAACCAUUGGCUGAGUUAUUCUCAGACAAAUCACUUAACGUUGAAUUACCAAUGAGGAUAGGAGCAGGAUGGAAGGAGUUAUUAAUAUAUUUGGACCUGAGUAGUGUCGACAUAUACCAUAUCAGCCAUGAUAAUCAAGUUUUGAAGGAGAAAAUAGGGGAAGGCUUGAUGAGGUGGAACAGUAAAAGAGGUCAUAAGCCCGAACUGGAAAGGGCAAUUGAACUGACUGGAGCUCUGAAAGCUUCUGAAAUGACAAUGCUAGCAGAUGAACUAGAUGAUGAGUACUGUUUAGGAGAAUCCCAGUUUGAUGAGAUUGCCCCAGGCAUGACAGAGGACACGACAGAACUACCGGUCGACACAAAAGAAACCCCUGAACUCGCCGACACUGGACUCGAUAGUAAUGGUGACAUAAUGUUGCGUGAUUAUCAAAGAGAAAUAGCAGAAGACGGUCUAAGGGGAGAUAAUUCUAUUAUUUGGGCUGGAACAGGAUCAGGGAAGACCAGGGUGGCCGUGUACAUAAUGAAGAACCAUUUGGACAACACAUCGAACGGGAAGAUUGCUUUUUUCACCACGACGUUGACGCUACUGGACCAACAGUACGAAGUGAUAUGUAAACUUCUACCUAAGUACAAGAACCACGUUAUCACGUUCAGCGGACGGAAUCAAGCGAAUGAGAACUUUUCUGAGAUUGUCAAUAAUUGUCGAGUUUGUGUCAUCACUCCGAUGUUCCUUGAUAACUACCUGAGAGAUGACGCCUUGUCCCUGGAUGUAUUUUCAAUGCUUGUGUUGGACGAGUGUCAUCACACACGAAAAAAAAACUCUUACAACCAGAUAAUGGCACGUUAUCGAAAAUUAUACAUAGACGGCGGCAAAUCCCCACAGAUUAUUGGACUGACAGCGUCUGUUGGGACUGAGCGGGCGCGAGAUGUGAAGGAUGCAGAGAAAAGUAUCAUCGAACUUAUGGCGCGAAUGAAUGUAACUAAGAUCGCUACUCCAAAGGUCCACGUAGAGGAAUACAAGACAUAUGUUCCGGAUCCUAUUAAACAUACUGAGGAGAUGAAAGACCGGCAUGAUGACCGAAUAGGAUUCACCAUACAGCGUGCUAUGGAACAGCUUGAAAGAUGGCUCCUCGGCAAAUUGUUUGAUCUGGACACCGGGGCUGUACACGCGCUGUUGAAGGAAAAGCCUGAUACACAGAGGAUGAAGCCGCAAUACCAAACCUGGCUAUCCCGCCUACAGAUGGCGCUCCCUCUCAGUAAACAACUAGCCCCCGACAUGAAACACCGGGCCAUUGUAAUAACCGACCAUUUGACUAUGUACCAGGACGCCCUUUGUUGUAACUACAUUCUCUGUAUGAGGGAUGUUUUGACACAACUUAACCUCUCGUCAUUGAAGUACCAAAUUUUUGACGGAGGUGAACACAAUGAUGUAGUCCUAUGUAGCGCAAGUGACGUCACUGCAAAAGAAGUCAGUGCGGAAAAGGACAAUAGAGCUGUAACGAUUGUCAGUUUGUACAAAGAUGUCAUUAAGGAACUGGAAAGCCAUUCAAAGAACCCGAUUUACGAGAAUCCAAACAUUAUUCGUCUUCAGAAGAUGGUAGAUGACAACUUUACAGAGAAAGGAAAGGAUUCAAUAUUCAUGGUGUUUGUCGAAACAAAAGCAUCUGCAACAGCCGUUUCAAAAUAUCUUACAGAAAAGUCCUCCUUCGCGAGAUGUGAACACCUGAUAAGUUCUCGUUCAACAUCGGGAGACAAUGAAAAACAAUCUCAAGCCGACCAUGGCAGAGUAAUCAAGCGACUCCUAUCUAAACAGAUAAAUGGUGUGGUAGCGACACAGGUGGCCGAGGAGGGAUUAGACAUACCCGCCUGUAACUUGGUCAUUCGUUAUAACAAUACUAGAAACGAGAUAUCCACAGUACAGGUUGCAGGAAGGAGCAGAGCGAAACAGGGGACAGUCACAGACUUCGCAAAUACAGAGAAGCGCAGACAAGAGGACAUGAACGUAAUACGAUUGACACUGAUGAAUGACGCCUUGAGCAACAUCCUAGUGAAAUCAGACACCGAUCUCCAGCUUGAGGUUAGACAGCGCAUGCGCACUAUCACUGCUGCAGAGGCUGAAGAGGCACACGCGAAGGAGCUUCAUCAACAAAGUAAGACUGAGGGCAACUUUACUCUGCGGUGCGGGAAAUGCCAGGAGACAGCAGUGCGUAGCUGUGACAUACGAUGUUACAACGGAUCCCAAUAUGUAGUCAUAGAUAAGGAGUACUACUACGAAGAUCAUAUGUCAUCGUAACCCCAAAAUAUCUAGGUACGACAACUUGGAAACAAAAUAUAAAACAGUCUGUAAAAAGUGCGGACGUGAUUGGGGGGUAGGGGCUUGUUUUAAAGAAAACGUCUUCUGUGCAAUACUGAAGAUUAAGCAAUUCAUUGUCACAGAUAGCAACACGAAAGAAGGGUAUCAUUGCAAAACUUGGGCAAAACUUCCCUUUACUGUACAAUCCAUGAGUGAGGAGGAGUUUUCUAAUCUUAAAGGGUUUGAGGAACUUACAGACUAUGGUCGUGAUUGAAGAUUGGAUACCUCAGCAGUUAUAUGUUACAGGUUACACGCACAAUGGUAAUGCUUUCCGACCUUUGUCCUGACUUUAGCGAGUCUAUGACAUAUGGCAAUGGCUUCACGAAUAAUAGUCAAGUUUUCGGACCUUUAUCAUAACUUGAGCGGUUUUAUGACAUUUCGGUACAAGCUACACGAUUUUGAGAACAAGAGCAAGUCAGUAGUAUGUACAUAUUUCACUGACCUUAUGUCACUAGUAAUUGUGGUUGACUUUUAUGUUGUGCUUUAAGUUUAUUGCUACUGAUAUCAGUCCAUUUUUGAUAAUGAAUCUGAUGCUAUAUUAUUAAUGCCAAGAUGAGAAAGUAGUCCUCACCUUCAUUGUGAAUCUCAAAGGUUUCAGCAAUGAACUAGAUUCCGAGUAAAUGGGACGUCGUUGAUCAAUUACUGAUCGGGAUUAAGCCAUGAUAUGUCGCUUUAGGCAAAGAAACAUUCUAUAUAUGCAGCUAUAUUAAAAAAAAGGACAGGAAAAAUAUAUUGAUCAAGAUCCCGUGACAUUUGAACAUUGAAAAUACUUUCCUACUUGCAAGUUUACAUAGUUAAAUUAUAUUAUCAUUUUAACUAAGUAUUCUAAAUAAUCUAAUUAACACAUAAAUAUACACGUAGACCGGUAACAUGUUGAAAUAUUGGUGUCACGUGUGUUCAAAUUAAUCACAAGAGUUAUAUUAAACGGGUUAAAUGUGUAAAAUAAAAUAUGCAAUACCUACUUAUGAUAGAUAAUACGUAGAUUUUAAUGAGCUGGCCACUUAGAAUAUAACAUUGCCAUGACUAUAUUGAUGGAGGUAGGGGAAUGACAAGCUUUAGAAAAUAGUAUAAAAAGAAAUUAGUGGAUCACUUAACAGGAAAUGUUCUAUGGGGCAAAUAUCCGGAAAACAUUCACAAAAGAACAUGCAUGCUCGUGUAAUUAGGUAUAAAAUGCAUGCUCGUGUAAUUAGGUAUAAAAUGCAUGCUUGUGUAAUUAGGUAUAAAAUGCAUGCUCGUGUUAUUAGGUAUAAAAUGCAUGCUCGUGUAAUCAGGUAUAAAAAGUACAUUUUGUAUUUCUUAACAUUAAAAAAAGGAUAAUAAAGGUAUAUUGUUAAAAUACCACAAUAAAUAAAAUGAAGGAGACUAGGAGUUGUAUGCUGAUUUGCUCAAAGUUAUCCUGCAGAAUUUCAUUUUAUGGGCAAUUUGAAAAUUUAUUAUUAUAGAUUCAAUUAAUGGAUUUUUUCACAAGGAAUUUUUUCCUCGUUCUUCUAAACGACUAGAAACACAAACGGUACAUUUCUAUUCUACAACUAUUAACCCUAUGGUCGUAAUAAUAAUGCUAACAUUCCCAUUAUGUGCAUUAAGUGGUUACAUAGUACUCAUUACUAUGACACUUCUAAAAGGAUUUCUCGCAAUAUUAAUACGUAGCAGCUUGACAAAGUACAACAGGGAUGUAUAUCUAAAUGACUUACUCGCUACAAUAAACCUCCGACUUAUACUUCUUGUCAGUGAUGAUAUACCAAUCAUUACGAUGAUAGUACACUUUGUGUAUAGUGUUUAGCCAGAUAAUUUAUUGCUUUUGUACAUUGAUAUAAAUGUAAAUUAUGUUCUUACUUGUAAAGUAAAAACAAUCGUAGCAUAUAUGUUAAUUUUUUUUGUUAUUAGCCAUCAAAUAAUCCCCCGGUGGACCAUUAUAUGUACAUGUGAAUUGCAUGUUAUUAAAACUAAUUAUUUCUAUUGCCAUAAUGCCAUAUAACCAAUUGAAUAAUUUGUAUAAGUUUUUAUGUUAUUAAUAUAUCAAAUUGACUAAAUAUUCGUAAACAAAUGUUAUACAUGUGCAACUUGUCAUCAUUCCUACACAGGUUUAUGUUAUAAUCGUAUACAUUUAAAUACUACCACCGGUAAUGAAAGAGAUAAUUGCUUCAUUUCAUACAUAUAUAGUAUUUAGUAUUUUUUUCUACAACGAAUGCUGUUUUACGUAUAAUUAACCAGAAGACGUAAAAUCAUGUUAAAUGCUGUUAUUCAGUUAUUGCGCUAAUUGUAUUGCUGAGGAAAUGUAUAUCCACCGUCCCCUUAACCGAUUUGCUUUUGCCGAAAAUAAAAGAUAAUCUCAAUUUGUCAA